AUGAAGACAUCUAGAAGAUCUACUUUACAAGCUAUGGAAAAGGAUAAUGAUGAUUUAUUCAAUGAAAACCUUAUAUUAAGAAGGAAUCUUGAUGAGGCAUUAAAGAGAUGUAUGAAGAUGGAAGAACAGCUAGGUAUUCUUAAAUUAGAAAUGGCUAAAAUAGGAAAAGAAAGAGAUGAUGCACAAGCUGAUAAUGA